AUGACGACCCCUCGACCUCUGACGCCACCUCCAGAACCACCUCAAGGUCAUUACGAGGUCAAGGACACAGAAGGUCACGUCUGUCUGAUGGCUGAUAUGGGCCUGCAGUUCAAAAUCAUCUACGCGAAAGUUGAGAGCGAAACUGGUGCCGCCAUUUUGAACUUACCGACAACUGCAAACGCUACAGGCUCCUGUGGUCCUGACCGCUCCAAUUUGACCUUGACUUUCCAUGACGACAUCUUCAGCGUGACGUUUGACUUCGUCAGAGCUAACGAUCACUUCCACUUGUCCCAGUUCGACAUUUCGUACACCGAGCUUCCCUCAAUCUUCCCCGGGACUAAGAACCCAAACACCCGUAGACAAGUCUCAAACACCACGCUGAAUAUCUUCUCCACCACCGCCGACAAGUCUUACAUGUGUAAAUCCGACGUAAACAUCACCGUUACCGAAAAUGUGAGCAUCCUCGCCAGUCAGGUUCAGGUCCAACCGUUCGGGGUCAAGUCCGGACAGUUUUCGACGGCCGAGGAAUGUCAGGAGGACUUAGAGAAGAACACUACUGUACCGAUUGUGAUCGGGGUUGUUCUUACCGCGAUGGUCGCACUCGUGCUCAUCUCGUACAUUGUCGUGAGGAAAAUCAGAGCAAAUAAUAGGCGUUAUUCUAGUGUUUAUUAG